AUGGCGAAGAAGGAACGAAAGUUCAGGAGGUUCUUUUCGGAACCGGCACCAGAUUCGGACAACCAAGCGGGCACAGCAACCAGCGUUGUGUCAACGAUACCAUCCAGAGACGCGCCAUGUCCCGCAACGGAUGCUCAGCCCACGCGCUUAGCUCACGACGCCACAGCCAACGUUGCCACAGCCAGCUUCGCCACAGAAGAUGCUGAGGAAGAAGCUGAGCUGAACCCGCACAUUCAAGAACGCUUCAGCAACAUGAACAUCACUGGAGAUCUGAGAGCAAACAUUUCACUUGCACAACCCUCACUCGCCGAACCAUCGCUUGCACUGCCCUAUGUCAUUCGGAAAUACGUAUCGGAUUCGAAUCUCCCCGUUAACAGCGAGUCAUGGCUGUCUCGACCCGAAGUACCGACGACCGAUGAGAUUCUAGACACACAAGAUGUCUUCCAAGAUACGGUUUCAGUCCCGGUUAACAAUGUUAACGGUGCCUGGGCGUCGAAGGAGGAGUAUCUCGAGAGCCACUACGAGCUUUUGAGAGAGGAUACGAUUAGGCCUCUACGCGAGGCCCUCGGCCGUAUUCGCGCCAAAUCAUGGGCCAAAGAAGAGGAGUACGGUAAUACCGUCGGCUUGUACAGCAACGUCCAUAUCGUCGGAUUUACCUUCUGCCACCGUGGUCUCGCUGCUCGGCUUCAGUUCUCUCUUGCUCGCACGGGCAAGCGAAUCCAUUGGGAACAGUCUAAGCGGCUACUUACUGGGUCACUCAUCGCCUUGACUCCAGAGGACGAUAACUUCCGGUCUCAGUGCACUAUGGCAAUCGUCGCUGCUAGGCCGUUGGCAAACCUUGUUCAGGACCCGCCUGAGAUCGACAUCUUCUUCCCACGUCCCGAGGAAAUACAGAUCGAUCCUGGUCAAAGCUGGAUCAUGGUUGAAGAAAGAUCCAGCUACUUCGAAGGCAAUCGUCAUACACUUCGGGCAUUGCAGAAGCUAAUGAGGGAGUCGUUUCCUCUGUCGGAGCACAUUAUCAACCUUAAGACGACCGUGGAUGCUCCCGACUAUAUUAAAAGGCAGCCGUAUCUGGAUUUUACCUCUAUCUUCGAAGGAAAGGAGAACCAGAUGAUGAAUGUCCUUGAACCAUGGCCGGAAAAUCUCAAGACGGAGCUGGAUAAGACUCAAGUCUGUUCUUUACAGCGUAUGAUCACCAAGAGGUGUGCUAUAAUCCAAGGGCCUCCGGGUACUGGAAAGACUCACGUCUCCGUUGUCGCUCUCAAAGCAUUGCUUAGCAAUAUGGAGCCCGGCUUUGAUGCGCCUAUCAUUGUCGCAUGCCAGACUAACCACGCUUUGGACCAACUUCUCCGCCACGUUGCAGAGUUCGAGCCCAACUUCGCACGGCUAGGAGGGCGCUCGCGCGACGAGGAAAUUAAGAAGCGUACGCUCUUCGAGCUCAAGAAGGUUGAUAGACCACCGCCUAUCGCAGGUGGCUCUAUGACACCUGCCAACGCGCGGCUUAAGAAGUUGGAGAGGCUCAUGCAUACGGUCUUGUUGCCACUUCAAGUUAAUUCUGGAUUCCUGUCCCACACCGUUCUCCAUUCACUUGGAACCAUCACCCAGAAACAGUUCGAUUCACUCGAGCAGGGUGAUACACGCUGGGAAAGCCAUGGUGCUCAACAGGAAGCCGAUUCUGAGGACCGCAUAGCUGAUUGGGUUGGCAAAUAUCAUGAGUUCGUCGACCGGGGUAUCCCUCCAGAUGAUUUCGCAUUUGAGUACGAAGAGGUGGACCUUGAAUUCGAGCAGCUGAAAGAGAUCGAAGCCGAGAACUUGGUCAAUGAUGAUGAAGAUUUCGAGACUUUACGCGGCGGCACGAUAAGCUUAUCAGAAAACGUCGUCGGCAUCGGCAAGCAAUCUACGACCGUUACUGACGAUGAGAUUCGACGUAUACUCUCGAAGACAGACAACAUGUACAAGAUCAAGGACAGACUGCGCGGUGCCGUAUACAACUAUCUGAAACGGCAGGCCAAAGAGACGAUCCUGAAGGUAUUCCGUCAGUACGCGAGAGACUAUCAAGAUGCUGUUGUGCAGCGUGCUGUCGGUCGAUGGGAAUUUGAUCAUAUGGUUCUCAAAAAGCAAAAGAUUAUCGGCAUGACAACCACUGGACUAAGCAAGUAUCGCGCACUGGUGUCAUCUCUGAGGCCCAGAGUAGUCCUAAUUGAGGAAGCCGCCGAGACCUUGGAAGCCCCAGUGACGGCGGCCUGUGUUCCCUCCCUAGAGCAGCUCAUCCUUGUUGGCGAUCACCAGCAGCUUCGACCUCAUUGCCAUGUUCACGACCAUGAAAAUGAGCCUUUCUUCCUCAACAUGUCGCUAUUCGAGCGUCUUGUUCGGAAUGAGGUGGAAUACGACACUCUUCGUCGGCAGAGGCGCAUGAUUCCGCAGAUCCGUCGCCUUAUCAGGCCUAUCUACGGAGAUCUUAUCAAGGACCACCCAUCGGUAAAAGAACCAGGUGUCCGCCCGCCUGUUCCUGGUAUGGGUGAAGUCAGUACCUUCUUCUUCACCCAUGAAUGGCCGGAAUCCGUUGAUUCCCAGAUGUCAUCAUGUAAUGACAUGGAGGCCGAGAUGAUCGUCAAGUUUUAUAUCUACCUCUUCAUGAAUGGCGUACCUUACAGCAACAUCACGGUCCUGACUUUCUACAACGGUCAGCGCAAACUGAUUCUCAAAAAGCUCAGAAGACAUCAAGACUUGCAAGGCACGGGCCGUGAUUUCAGGGUGGUCACGGUUGACUCGUACCAGGGCGAGGAGAAUGAAGUUGUCCUCCUCUCACUUGUGCGCAACAACAUUGAUGGACGGAUUGGAUUCCUGAAUAACGUAAACAGAGUUUGCGUUGCUCUUUCCCGCGCUAAACGAGGUUUCUACAUGUUCGGCAAUGGCCAAAUUCUUGCCACCGAAAGCAAGAUCUGGUCAGAGGUCAUCACCAUUUUGGCUGGAAAGAAGACUCUCAAGGAUGAACCCAUGCGGAUCGGCUACUACCUCCCUCUCACAUGUGCUAAGCAUGGACUUUGCGUUCACGUUGAUGGAGCUGUUCUUCUUCCGGGAGCGAGGCCUACGGCAAAGUCUGGUCAAGUCGCAAUGAGGAACAACGCUGCUGUCCACUCCAAGCCCCAGCCACAUGAACCUGAAGUCUCCACGCAGCCGUUCCGCCAGGCUGGUUCUGUACAGGCUCCACCGCCUUCAAGCGUUCAUCGCAAAUCCAGCAGUACUGGAUCUGACCCCCUCGCCUGGCAAGCUUACACGCGGAAUGUGAAAGUCCACGAUGCUAACAUGAUGCACAAGGCGAAUCAAGACUACGAGCGGAAGCAAGAGGAGUUAAAACAGCGCCGCAUUACUAUGCUGGAAGAGGAUAUGGAACGUUCGGUCUUGGACGAGAGCUAUCGUAGCAGUCCUUCCGCUGCACUGGCUCCCGCUGGUGGUAGGUCUUCUUCUACCGCAUGUGGCACUAUUCAAGCCUCGACUGGUCAUGCCCCUCGUCGCCAGCAAUGGGUGCACAACUAUGUGCCCUCUUCUGACAGCCACACGUCUUAUUCUGAGCCGAGUCUCCUUGACUGA